CUGAAAUUUAAAGUUUGCCUGGUUGCUUCCAACUCAUAGUUAGCUGACCAGAUGCAUGAAGGGUGACCAACAUCGGUGCACAUCAUGUCAGCAGUGACCUGUCAGCCUCCUCCUUUUGGUCCACUUGAGCGAGAGAAGCACAUCCAGGACAUCUUCAGGGCUUUCAAGAAUCGAUGCGGGCCUUCCUGUGAGUGCCAGACUCAAGUGGAAGACGCCAAGUCCCACCAAGUGCCUCCUGACUUGGAAUCUGAAAAACACAGUUCAGAUCUCAGGCCUCAUGGUGGGAUACAGGACAUGUGCAUGCAGCCACCAGCACCGAAGACGCCCGAGGAGGUGGAGCAGGACCUUAACCAUGAAGCAGGACUACAGUUUUUGUCCGUGUUAGAGACAGUCAGGCAGAUACAUGUCACUGCAAGACCCGACUUGCGGGGUCCACAGUGUGUUUCCAGAAAGAUUUACAGCAUCACCACCGGAAGUAGCAAGUCACAGAUGUUUGUGGCUGUGGAGGAGAGCUCUUGUAUUUGCCUCAAUUUCUGUGGCCCGGCUCGGGCCUGCUCCCUGCAGGGGUUCGACUAUCAGGGGCAGCAGGUCUUUUACUUUGAAAGGCCCCUCAGGGUGGAUGCCUGCUGCUUGGGCUGCUGCCUGAUGGAGAUGAGGGCAUAUUCACCUAAGAAGCAUCUCAUUGGCACUGUAUGCCAGAGGUGGAGCAUGUUUACCCCUCUCCUGGAGGUCUGCGGCCCGCAAGGAGCCUGCAGAAUCCAAAUUCAGGGCCCCUGCUGUCCCUUCCGCUGCUUCUCUAACCAACAAUUUCAGAUUGUUUCCAACAUUGGAGAGCAAAUAGGUACAAUAUGGAAGAAGUGGCCCGGCUUCAGCAAUGAAUGUAACAUGGAUCAUGAAUAUUUUGGCUUGGAGGUGCAGCAGAGCUUGGAGCCACAUACUAAACUCCUGCUUCUGGCAGCUACUUUCUUACUGAACCACAUGUUCUUUGAAAUGAGCUGAAAACCCCCCAAAAUAAGAAAAGGACACCCUACGUACAAGUCACCAGCUAUUUGGACAGCCAAGCUCCUCUGAUGGCAAAGAUGAACAAAGGCAGGAAGAAACAUUGGAUUCUUCCUCUACAGCUACUUUUCUGUUCCAGCUUUCAACAGCGCAGAAAAAAACCUGAGCCAGCCUUAGCAGCAGAUGCAUAUUUAACUUUUAUUGCUAGAAUCCAUCAGGUGCACAUCUCCAACAAUAUUUCUCUUCCAUCAUUUGCCACAACAUAUUGGGCAGAAUUAGACUUCCUCACAAACUGAAAAAGAAAAAGAAAAAAAGAAGAAUUGUCCAGGAUUAAAUCUAUAACAAACCCUGGGUAAAGUUUUAUGUAAUUUGUUGAUAAAACUGUAAAAGGUGAUAAAUAUUGGAUUCAGGAGGCUUUCGCUGUGGACAUUUAAGUAAAAUCCUUUCUAUGAACCAGUUGAAGACGUCGUAUAUCUUGAACUGAUGGGACAGCUCUCAGCUCGAAUGCCAGGCACUGUGAUUUAGGCAGCUAGUAGUGAACCUUAAAAAAAGCUCUGAUACAACGGUCUGCUCACCACAGGACGGCCCGUCUCAGUCCAGAGUAAAAGGUCCAUGUCAGAGAGAGUGAAAUGAUAGAUUCAGAAAGUAUACACAAAUAUAUUGUACACAAAAAUGAUGUGAUGGUGUUCAGAAUGACAGGAAUGGCAUUUAAAAUACAUCACUGUAAUAAAACAUUGUCCACCUGUUGGCCUGUUUUGAGUCCCACUAAAACUCCUCAGCAGACUUGUGUCAACAGCUUCUGUUCAACAAUAAAUGACAUUCAUUUCUACAUCAAACAAGUUUUGUUGUAUUUUGUCCAGCACACUUUGGCAGCAAACAGACAGAUAAGCAGACGCCAGUCACACAGCCUCCCUCUGCUGGCAAGUUAACAUGUUAAAACUUGUAAACAAGAAUAAUGAAGGCUUCGUUCGUCUCCGGUUGACUGAUUAUUUCUCUUCGCUUUGCCGAUCGCUGGCAUGUCUUUCCUUUCAAACAUCAAAACUGGACAAAAACAGGGAAUGGUCUUCAGGCCCUCUGUUCCUGUGGAUAUUUCCUCUGUCCUCAUGUUGCACAGUGCCGAUCCACGCAGAGGUAUCCAGCCCUGGAC